UUUCAGAAACAAGAAACAUCACAAUCAUGAGAACUAGAGAUCGCAGCAAGAAGGGAAAGAUCGAGAACGAGUCGUCUCAAGUAACGUCUGAAACAACAAGAUAUGUUGAAGAUUCAAUUCCUAGCGAUCUGGUGUUCGAGAUUUUGAGGAGAUUACCUGUAAAAUCUGUAGCUAGGUUUCUCCUUGUAUCCAAGUUAUGGGUAAAAAUCAUCCGCAGUCAAGAUUUCAUCAGAUUGUUCCCGCUUCCGUCUUCGCUUCAGCCACGUCAACUCCUUGCAUUCAAGUGUUUAGAUAACGAAAACGAACGUCAGAUUUGGAAGUUCUUCUCGUCUACGUCGACGACAUCAAUGAUGGAAACACUCUCUUAUCUAUCUCUUGCAACAUGCCCAAUCGCGAAUAUGCCUAAAGGAAUCGACAAUUACGUCAACGAGGUUCCUCAUUACGUUAACGGAUUGAUAAGUCUUGGAUGCGGUCGAGAACAAAUCAUAUGUAACCCUAGCACAGGCACGUCGAUAACUUUACCUAAAGUGAAAUCAAGAAAAAAGAUUAUCCGAAGCUUUUUCGGGUACGAUCCAGUUGAUGGUCAAUAUAAAGUAUUGUGCAUGUCAGAGAAAUUACAUGAUUAUUGGCAUGCUCCAUCUGUUGAACAUCAAGUAUUCACAUUGGGAGGAGUUAAUAAAUCAUGGAGGAUGAUUGAAUGUAACAUUCUUCACCGGGCCAAAACGAACGGUGUGUGCAUCAACGGGGUUGUUUAUUAUGGCGCUUGGAUGAUUGAUACUAGUGUGCGUGAAUGUGUUUCCAAGAAGAAAUGGUGCUUAGCAAGAUUCGAUGUGAGAUCUGAAAAGUUUGAUCAAGUAGUUCAGAUUUUGGGUGUUCCGUUUGUGAGAAACUUUCACCACCCAUCUUUGAUAAGUUACAAAGGGAAAGCAAGUACAGUAUCUGAAACUAAGCGACAGAGAUUUGAGCUAUGGGUUUUGGAAGAUGCUGAGAAACAUGAAUGGUCUAAGGUAUGUUUCUUUAUUCAUCAUCCUUUGAUUGAUUCAUGGGGGCCUAACUUACGCAUCAGAGGCUAUUCUAUACAUACGGAUGAGAUUGUUUUUGUGUCGCACGAUCAUCAAGAAGAUUUCUAUAUUCUCUAUUACCAACAAAAUAAGAGUUUUAGGUGUUUUACGGUUAAAGGAUACUUAUCCACAGACGUUGGGAGGUUUACUGAUGUGUUUCCUUUUUUCAAUUACGAAGAGACUGUUAUGUUCUUGUAA